AUGGCUAGACGACAAGAUCAAGCCAUAGCUAAUGCCCUUCAGCGAUUGGCGGAUAUUUUGGAAAGAAAUGAAAAUCAUGCUAAUGGCCGAGCUCAACCUCAAGUACAAGUUGCUGAGGAAGGAGAGUAUCAAGGGUUGAAUAAAUUUUUGAAACGGAAUCCUUCUCAAUUUAAGGGAGGAUACAAUCCUGAUGGAGCUCAUCUGUGGAUAAAAGAAUUGGAAAGAAUUUUUGGAGCUCUUCAGUGCUCGGAGAAUCAAAAAAGAUUGGAAAAUGAAGGCAGGGAAAUCAAUUGGUUUACCUUCAAGGAAAUCUUCCUGGAGAAAUAUCUUCCUAAGGAUGUAAGAAACAAGAAGGAGAUGGAGUUCCUGGAACUUAAACAAGGAAACAUGUCAGUAGGAGAGUAUGCUGCUAAGUUUGAGGAACUAGCUCUUUUCUACCUUCCUUAUCAGGCGGCCGGAAAUGAACGAUCCAAAUGUGUAAAAUUUGAGAAUGGUCUACGACCGGAAAUUAAAGAAGCUAUAGGAUACCAACGAGUUAGAGAUUUCCCAACCUUAGUAGACAUGUGUAGAAUUUUUGAAGAUGAUCACAAGUCAGGGUAA